GGGAAGUCGUGGCGGUGGUGGCUGCCGCGGCCGAGACAGCGGCGGCAGAAGGCAGCGACGACGGCGGCGUCGGGGACAGGGAGCGGUGCUGCUGUCAGUUAGACCGUCGGAGAAAUGGGAGACCCGGGGUCGGAGAUAAUAGAAUCUGUCCCUCCAGCUGGACCCGAGGCAGCCGAGACAACAGCGGAAGAAAAUGAAGAUGACAUUCAGUUUGUUAGUGAAGGACCAUUAAGACCUGUCCUUGAGUACAUUGAUCUGGUCAGCAGUGAUGAUGAAGAACCUAGCACCUCUCACAGUGAUGAUAAUGUUAAGCAUAAAGACUAUCUUGACCAUCAGAAGGAUAAAGUUGCUUUAACUCUGGCUCGGCUGGCCCGCCAUGUUGAAGUGGAGAAACAACAGAAAGAAGAGAAGAAUAGAGCAUUCAGGGAAACAAUUGAUUUUCAGCAUGCACACGGCUUACAGGAGUUGGAAUUUAUUAGAGGACAUUCUGACACAGAAGCAGCAAGACUAUGUGUGGACCAAUGGCUAAAAAUGUCAGGACUCAAAACAACCACAAUUAGUGGAACAAAAAGCUCAUUCCGAAGAGGAGGUCAAAUGUGGAUGUCUGGAAAGUCGAUUUCAUGUCCCAUAAUGCACUGCAACAAAGAAUUUGAUAAUGGGCACCUUCUUUUAGGACAUUUGAAAAGUAGGUUUGAUCACUCUCCAUGUGAUCCAACAAUUACACUACAUGGACCUGUCUUCAGUUCCUUUGCUUGUGUAGUAUGUAAUAAAAUUUUUGUUACUCAACAACAAUAUAGGGAACAUCUUUUUGCAAAGGAAGCUGCCGAUGAUGGACACAAAAACAAUCUUCUUCCUCAAAUUAUUCAGUGUUUUGCAUGUCCAAAUUGCUUCCUUCUUUUUAGCAACAAGGAUGAAUGUUUGAAGCAUAUGUCUGGGAAGAACCAUUUCCAUCAGAGUUUCAAACUGGGUGAUGAUGGGGGAAUAGCGCAUCCAAUAUCACUUCCCUCUUUUGCAAAGAAACUUUUGAUCUCCCUGUGCAAAGAUGUUCCAUUUCAAGUUAAGUGUGUGGCAUGCCACCAGACACUGCGUUCCCACAUGGAGCUUACUGCCCAUUUCAGAGUUCGUUGUCGAAAUGCUGGCCCUGUAGCUAUAGCUGAGAAGAGCAUUGCGCAGGUUGCGGAGAAAUUCCUAUUGAAGGGUUAUUGUCCACAUUGCAACCAGAUCUUUGUGGAUGAAACCAGUACCCAAAAUCACCAGCAAAAUUCAGGACACAAAGUCCGGAUCAUUAACUCAAUGGAAGAAUCAGUUUUACUCUAUUGCCACAGCAAUGAAGGGAACAAACCUCCUUCUGAUUUGCAUCCAUUGCUACAACAAUCAAAAUUUUCAUCGCUUAAAAGAACUAUGUCCAUUCAAGAUUCUAGCGCUCAAGAUUGGAGCACAAUUCCAAAAAAGAAGAUGAAUUUAGAAACUAAAAACCAUGAAGAUACGGUUUGUGUCCGGAAAAAAAAGUCCAUUGUUAAAGCUUGGUUUUGUGAAUGCCAUCAACGUUUCCUAAGUGAAGAUGCAGUAGAAAAGCAUGUUUUCUCAGCAAAUACUAUGUGUUACAAGUGUGUAGUCUGUGGAAAAGUGUGUGAAGAUUCAGGGGUCAUCCGCUUACACAUGAGCCGUUUUCAUGGAGGGGCACAUUUAAAUAACUUUCUUUUCUGGUGUCGGACAUGCAAAAAGGAGUUAACAAGGAAAGAGACUAUCAUGGCACAUGUGACUGAAUUUCAUAAUGGGCACAGAUAUUUUUAUGAGACAGAUGAGAUAGAAGAAGACACACUGCCUACAUCCUCUACAGCAAUGGUGAAUAAUUUGUCUGCCAGGACUCCCUCAUCAACUAUUACUAUUAUUGAUCAUUCUCCAGUAAACAGUCCUACCAGGGGCAAAUGGCAAUGCCGAAUUUGUGAAGAUAUGUUUGAUUCCCAAGAGUGUGUAAAACAGCACUGCAAGUCUUUAGCAAGCCACCAAUUUCAUAGAUAUAGCUGUGCCCAUUGCAAAAAGACUUUCCACAAGAUAGAAACACUGUACCGACAUUGCCAAGAUGAGCAUGAUAAUGAGAUAAAAAUUAAGUAUUUCUGUGGACUUUGUGAUCUCAUCUUUAAUGUGGAAGAAGAAUUUUUGAGUCAUUAUAAGGAACAGCACAGCAUAGAUUAUGUGUUUGUGUCAGAAAAGUGUGAAACUUCAAUUAAAACUGAGAAUGACUUUCCAGUAAUGGAGACUAGUAACCUGUUAACCUGUGGUUGCCGUGAGAAUUACAUUUGUAAAGUCAACAGAAAGGAAGAUUAUAGUCGAUGUCUCCAAACCUUGCUGGAUAAAGGUAAUCUGUGGUUUCGCUGCAGUUUGUGUUCAGCAACCGCACAGAAUGUAGCUGACAUGAAUGCUCAUAUCCAUCAAGCACACAGAGGACAAAAGAGUGAGGAGGAGGAACAGCAGUAUGUAAUCAAGUGUGGCACCUGCACCAAAGCAUUUCAUGACCCUGAGAGUGCUCAACAGCACUUCCAUAAAAAACACUGCUUACGUUGGAAACCCAGUGUGGCUCAGUUUGGAUCUGAAAAAACAAGCCUGUACAAGUUCACUGGCAGUCCCUCACGUACAGAGAAAAAACUGAAACAGGCAGUGAAUUGUCCAAAAAAUUCUGACAUGGAGAAAGGAUCCCAGAAUGACCCAAGUUAUCAGAACAUAGAUGAAGAAGUUGUUGAACUUCCAGAUUUGGAUUAUCUGCGAACAAUGACUCACAUUGUCUUUGUAGAUUUUGAUAACUGGUCAAACUUUUUUGGUCAUCUACCAGGGCAUCUUAACCAAGGAACAUUUAUUUGGGGCUUUCAAGGAGGAAAUACCAAUUGGAAACCUCCACACAACUGUAAGAUCUAUAAUUAUCUGAAUAGGAUUGGAUGCUUCUUCCUUCAUCCCCGCUGUAGUAAAAGAAAAGAUGCUGCUGAUUUUGCCAUAUGUAUGCAUGCUGGCCGUCUAGAUGAACAACUACCCAAGCAAAUUCCUUUCACCAUCCUCUCAGGAGAUCAAGGAUUUCUGGAGCUAGAAAAUCAGUUUAAGAAGACUCAGAGGCCAGCACAUAUACUAAACCCUCACCACCUAGAGGGAGAUAUGAUGUGUGCCUUGUUAAAUAGCAUAUCUGAUACCACCAAAGAAGGUGACAGUGAUGACAACCUGGGUAUAAAGAGUACUUCAGUAGAAGAAUUCAGAUCUACAGAAGAUGUUGAAUUAGAAGAAGCUAUUAGAAGAAGUCUUGAGGAAAUGUAAAUAAAGAUACUACCACACAACAUCAAGUGGCCUUGAGAGACUCAGGAUAACGAAUUAUUGAGUUUGUUUUCUAAAGAAGAACAGAAAUCUAGUAUAAAAUAUAUGAAAAAUGCUUUUUUUUGCUUUUAUAUGUUAAAAAUCUGAUGUUUACUUGUAUUUUGGUGUUGCUUAGCAAAAAUGUAAAGAGAAGUAGAAUACAUGUUAAUGAUAUGAAUCAUGUAUUCUAGUAUAAGUUUCCAGUUAACUUUGAAUUCAUGUAUUUAGGUUAAAAGAACUUAAAAAAGAUAUAAAAGUGCUUGACAACUGUUUGUUGCCCAAGUAAUGUUAGUUCUUUGUUUUAUUUGCAUUGUAGAGAUGCUUCUGGUUUAUUUUUUAAGGAGUGACAAUAAAUAUAAAUAAAGCUAUCUUAACUCAUUUUUUCCUGUAAAUUCUACUUAUGUUGCAGUAAAAUACAACCAUUGAUAUUUUGGAAAAGAGUAAUAGAAUCUGAUAAUGAAAAUAUUAAAUAUUAUAUCAGCAGUGGUUCCUUAAGAGUAGCACGUUGCUAAAAUUAAAAACUAAAAUAAAACCUCUAAUUUCUUUAAAGAGAAGCUUUUUCAUCCCUUUUACCGGUUUAAACUUUUAUGUGAUUUGUAUUAUCUACUGUUUAAAAGGAAUGAUGUCAAAAUAUUUGCAGAGUUAAACUUAUUUUUAACAAAUCCUUUUUAUAUAUAUAUUUGUAUAUAUAAAUCUUUAAAACACAAUGUUAAAGGUCCACUCAGGAAUAGUCUUCCUUAACCCUUUAGAGUUUUUAUUUCACAUGAAAGUAUCUUCAUUACUCACUAAGUUGUCUUUUUUCCUACAUUUGCUUUUACAUAUUUAAUGUUUAAA